ACUAGGCUGAAUGGCUUGCUUCCACACUUUAGGGAUCCUUUGAAUAAAAAGGAACCCCAUUCACUCAGAGAUUUUGGUAAGCCAGCUACCAAACAAAGCCCAAUUGAAGAUGUAGGAGGAGGGUGUACCUGGUUAUACUGACAGUUAGGAUGGGGAGGAUAGGGGAGGCCAAAGGCAGCAAGAAGUGGAUAGGCUGAAUGGCCUGCUCCCAUGCUGUACAUUUCAUGUGGGACGAGUUUCCUGUCCCACGUCAAUCCGACCCUGUGUUCAAAGGGCAAUUGAAUCAUCAGUGAGACUUGGCCCACACCCUGGGCGAGGGUGGAAGGGCAGGAGAGAGCCAAUAAUUCCCCGCGGUGGCUAGAAGGGAAGAGAAGAAAGACGCCGAUGGGCUGAGAUUAUCUGCAGUCUGAUGUUUCUGUUUGAACUCGUGGGCGGGUCCCUCCCAUUCACUGAGUCCUUCCACACACACACACACUCUGUUUCUCUCUCUCUGCAGGUCUGUCUGGGCAAAGCCACUUUCUGCAGGUUUUCACUCUGGAACCCUCACUCGCCUUGUUAUCUCCAGGAUCUCCUGCAGCACUCCGUCCGGGAAUCUGUUCGGGCAAUCCUGCUCUGGACACAUCUUGGAGCCCCCUGAUUAGGAUGUAAUUUCAGAAUGUUCUUUGCUUCGAUCCUCUCCACAAUCCUGCAUUACUGGUCCGCGGCAGCCGAGAUUGCACAGACCCAUCCAGCAAAAGACAACCGUCUGACAGCUAUUAACUGGUGUUUGGGUGGUUUUGCUAAGCUGGGUUAUUACACGGGGUCGGUAACAUACACUGUGACUGGGGAAGAGUGCCUGAAGUGGACCGAAUUCCCAGACUAUGUCCAGCAGUAUCCCAACAAGGGACUUGGCGAUCACAACUUCUGCCGUAACCCUGAUGGUGAACCAGUUCCGUGGUGUUUUUACAGGAAGAGAACGGGGUCCAUCAGCUGGUCAGAAUGUGACUGCAAUCACGGUGCCAUCCGACUGAGUGGAGGAGCUGGUCAACAUGAGGGAAGGGUGGAGUUACAGUACAAUGGACAGUGGGGCACUGUCUGUGACAAGACCUGGGAUGAUAGAGAUGCCAGUGUGGUUUGUCGUCAGCUAAGCUUAAGUGAAACAGGUGUGGCCAAGAAGAAUUCAUUGUUCGGAGCGGGAUCAGGUCCCAUUCACAUGGAUGGUGUUCACUGUCGGGGUGACGAGGCUGCCUUGCUGCAAUGUCGAAACAGCACAUUAGCGAGUGGAGCCUGCAGACAUGACAAUGAUGCAGGGGUUGUGUGUGGACUUCCAGAAGAUUCAGUAACGCCCAUUCGUCUGGUUGGAGGGGAAGAGGACUAUGAGGGCCGACUUGAGGUCUUUCAUGGCGGGGAGUGGGGCACUGUGUGUGAUGACCACUGGGAUGAUUUGGACGCAGAAGUUGUCUGUAGACAGUUGGGUUUAAGUGGCACUGCCAAGGCUUGGAUGUGGUCCCACUUUGGCCAUGGCUCUGGUCCGAUUCUAUUGGAUGACAUUGAAUGCACUGGCAACGAACUGCACUUGGAUGAAUGUGAGAAAAGCAAUUGGAGGCAACACAACUGUGAGCAUGCAGAAGAUGCGGGCGUCUCCUGCAACCCAUUUGCAGAUGGUGCUAUACGACUGGUUGGAGGCCGAGACUCCAGUGAGGGGAGGUUGGAAGUCUAUCGCAAUGGAGCCUGGGGUACAGUGUGUGAUGAUAGAUGGACUGACCUGAAUGCCAGGGUUGUUUGCAGACAGCUUGGAUUCAGUGGCCCAGGGAUUGUGGCGCCAGACGCUAAGUUUGGACAAGGGACUGGCUUCAUACUCCUGGAUGAAGUGGUGUGCGCAGGGACUGAACCGAACCUCCUGGGUUGUGCUCGGAGCAACUGGGGCCAACAUGACUGCUCGCAUCACGAGGAUGUGGGCGUGAUAUGUGCACAGCAAGAGACCAACAAAAUAAGUGAGCCCAGUGUAGGGCCAGCCAUCCGCCUUGUAGAUGGAGAGAACAGCAAAGAGGGGCGUGUGGAGGUGUACCUUCAUGGAGUGUGGGGUAGUGUCUGUGAUGAUGGUUGGACAGACAGGGAUGCAAGAGUUGUCUGCAGGCAGCUGGGCUACAGUGGCCAAUCCAAAGCCAGAACAAUGGCCUACUUUGGGGAGGGCCACGGACCUAUCCACUUGGACAACGUAAGAUGCACCGGCCACGAGAAUUCCCUGGAUGAGUGCAGCACACCUGGCUUUGGAAUCCAUAACUGUUGGCACGGGGAAGAUGCAGGAGUCAUCUGCGAUUAUAAGGAGGAUGCCCUCGAGGAGCUUAGCAGUGGCGGUUCUUUGCCUUCAGUGUGUGGUCUCCGUUUGCUAAAUCGUCGCAGAAAGCGGAUUAUUGGAGGGAAUAAGUCAAUCAGAGGGGGCUGGCCAUGGCAAGCUUCACUGAGGCACAAGACAUUUUACCGUGAGAGUCGUUUACUGUGUGGAGCCACAUUAAUCAGCAACUGCUGGGUGCUGACAGCAGCUCACUGCUUCAAGAGGUUUGGUAAUGAGACGCGACAUUACUACAUCCGAGUUGGCGAUUACCACACAGCAGUGGAGGAUGAGUACGAACGAGAAAUCCCCAUUGAAAGGAUUGUUAUACACAAGAACUACAAGCCAGGCAGCAGUGACAAUGAUAUAGCGCUGGUCAGAAUGAAAGGCAAGGAAGGACAUUGUGUGACAUUCAAUCAGUAUGCAACUCCAGUCUGUCUGCCGGCCAGAAAGGAGCGGAUCAGAAUAAACAAGCAAUCCUGCUAUAUCACUGGUUGGGGAGAUACAGGAAGAUCCUACUCAAGAACGUUACUGCAAGGUGCGGUCCCCUUACUGCCAAAGAAGAUCUGCAAGAGCCGCUACAGAGACAAGUUCACGCCCCGCAUGAUUUGUGCAGGUAAUCUGUCUGAGCACAAGCGGGUUGAUAGUUGCCAGGGUGACAGUGGUGGCCCUCUAAUGUGCCAGCGCACGGGAGGACGUUGGGUCAUCUUAGGCAUCACCUCAUGGGGCUAUGGAUGUGGACGGAGAGACUCUCCCGGCGUUUACACAAAGGUGGCCAAAUUUGUCUCUUGGAUCAAGAAGGUGACGGAAACUAAAGAAAAAGGACAUGAAAAGCCGGUGAGCUAGCGGGCUCCAAAGGAAUAGCAUGCCCGGGAAGGAUGGCCAGGGCUGGUGGGCAAGGAAAUAAUAAGUUGCUGGAUUAACUUCUUACACAAAGGCACCAGAGAUCUCUCAGAGAGGUAACUGCAUUUCAGCCUCGGUCUGUUCGAGUUUGAUAGCUGUCGGCAAACACAGUGUUGGAACCAUCUCCAACAGUCAAGCUAUGACAGGAUUACGCUGAGGUUUCUUUUCAUUCAUGGUCUGAGGGCAGCAUUCAUUGCCCAGGGGGCAGUUUAGAGCCAACCACAUUGCUGUGGGUCUGGCGUCACAUGUAGGCCAGACCAGGCAAAGAUGGCAGUUUCCUUCCCUAAAGGGCAUUAGUGAACCAGAUGGGUUUAUUCCUGGAAAUCAGUGAUCAUCUUAAUCCCAGAUGUUUCCUUUAUUGAAUUCAAAUUCUACCAUCUGCUGAUUCGGACCCAGGUCCCCAGAACAUUACCUGGAUCUUGGGAUUAAUUGUCAAGCGGUAAUACCUCUAGGCCAUCACCUCCCCUAGUAUCAAUUUCCAUUUUGCAACUCCAUUGAUGGUUAUUUAAAUUCAGCACGACACCCUCUUUCUCACUAUUUUACUUCGCAAUUUUAAUUCGCGGAGAAAGAUUUCCUCAACUCCUUUCUUUAGCAAAGAUCAUUUCCCAAUGUUGAUAUGGGCAGGUACAACCAGAAAGCUCCGACUUAUUUUGUGAACUAGAAACACGGUCAGUUUGGAUCUUGGAUGGGAAACUGUUCAAGUUGAGCUCUCUGGGUUUGAAUGAACGUUUCAUUUUUCUGUAGAGUGGGCAGGAAUGUGGAGGGGGGGUGCGUGAAAAAGGAGCAGUAUUUUAGGCCAGAGAUCGUAGGGACUGCCUCUGCUGGAGAAUCUGAGAUAACAAGGUGUAGAGCUGGAUGAACACACCAGGCCAAGCAGCAUCAUAGGAGCAGGAAAGCUGAUGUUUCAGGCCUAGACUCUUCUGCAACACCUGACUUCUGUACAAAUUAUUCCUUUCCCACACACCUAGUGGCACCUACCAUUGUGCGCGCACACACAUUCAGAAUCAGUGGCUAAUUUUCCUCUGAAACAGGUUAGUAACUUGUAACCAGAGUCUUAAACUUUAGGGACACCACUUCACAUCAAAUAUGGCAGAUCCGCAUGAGUCUCUCCCACUCUAAGUGACUUCCACAAGUACAUUGGAAGCCCCUCACCAUUCAGUACACCACUGCACCAUUCACAAUUGUCAAGUCCUGGAGCGGGACUUGAACCUGGAAUGCCACUCACACAGACAAGAGCACGAUCCCCUGUGUCACAAGGAGAAUCACAGCCCGACAGUGCGGGGGCAAGCCUAUUUGGCCCAUCGACCACACCAACCCUCUGGAGAGAAGCUCAUGCAGAACCAUCCAAUCCCUGUAACCCCGCAUUUCCCACGGCUAAUCUGCCCAGCUUGCACAUCCAUGGACACUACGGGCAAUUUAGCACGGCCAAUCCACCCUAACCUGCACAUCUUUGAAGUGUCGGAGGAAACUCACGCAGACACUGGGAGAAUGUGCAAACUCCACACAGACAGACAUAGAGAGUCAUAGAAUCCCUACAGUGUGGAAACAGGCCCCUCGGCUCAACAAGUCCACACUGACCCUUGGAGCAUCCCACCCAGAACAAUCCCCCUAUAACCCACCUAAUUUGAACUUCCCUGGGCACUACAGGACAAUUUAGCAUGGCCAGUGCCCCCUAGCCUGCACAUCUUUGGACUGUGGGAGGAAACUGGAGCAGCCAGAGGAUACCCACGCAGACACGGGGAGAGUGUGCAAAGUCCACACAGACAGACAGUCACCCGAGGCUGGAAUCGAACCCAGGUUCCUAGUGCUGUGAGACAGCAGUGCUAACCACUGAGCCAUGGUGCCACCCCUCGUCCAUGGCUCGAAUUGAACCUGGAUGCCUGGCACUUUACCGUGAUCCCCUCCAUGCAGAUCUUUACAAAAUCACAAUAACCAGAAAUAAGCAAUAACCAGAAAGGCUAUUGGAAUACUGGCCUUUGUGUUGAGAGGAGCAGGAUACAGUAGGGUGGAAGGCAUGAAUCAACUAUACAAAGCCCUGGUUAUAACACAUAUAGAGCCACUGUGAGCUGUUCGAGGCACCAUACCAAAGAAAGGAUGUGUUUGGGAGGUGGAGUAGGGAGAUACACCAAAAUGGUCUCCAAGAGCUAAAUUACACAAACUAGCAUUACAACCCCUGCGAUUGAUAUGGUUCAAAGGCAAUUUUACUUUCAGAAACAGAUAGAGUAGAUAAACUGUUUCUGUUGGUUGUGAGCCCGAGACUGGAAGGCAGUGUCUGGCGAUCAGUAAGACCUCUCGGGAAUGACUUUAGGAAACACUCAAAGGAGGGUAGAAGUUCAGAGCUCUCUCCCACAACCAACAAUUGUUGCUGUGUCAGUUGUUAGUUAUAAAUCGGAAAUGGGUAGAUCUUUGUGUAUUGGGGGGUAUUGGGGAAAGGGUUGGCGUAUGGAGUUAGCUCACAGAUCAGCUGUAAUCUCGCUGAAUGACAGAACCUGCUCUGGGGGUGAUUGGUCACUGCUCACACCUCCAUUCAUAUACUCCAGACCAUUUACACUAUUACUCUAUCCCAUGCCACCCCAUUGGACACAAUGGUGACACCCAGUCCUUCUGUAGGCACAUGCUCAGUGUGGGUGAUGUAAUGGUCCGCACAGUGUUCCCCUUGUCACUCCUCUCUCUACUGCAGGGGCAGCACUGUGGCUCAGUGGUUAACACUGCGGACCCGGGUUGGCUUCUACUCUUGGAUGAAUACUCAUGUGGAGUUUGCACGUUCUCAUCGUGUCUGCGAGGGUUUCCUCUGGGGAUCCAGUUUCACCCACAAUCUAAAGAUGUGCAGUCUAGGUGGAUUAGCCAUAGAAAAUGCAGGGUUACAGAGGUGGGGUCUGGGUGGGAUGCUCGUUGGAGGGUCAGUGUGGACUCGAUAGGUCAAAUGGCCUGCUUCCACAUUGUAGGAAUUCUGCAACUCUACUGCCCAUGUUACUCCACUCACUGCUUUGCUUUACGCUGCAUUCACCAACUCCCUUGCGUUAGCCUGUCUGAACCCCUACUACCCCAUUCUCUAACCCCAGCCACCACCACCCAGCCACUCACUCACUAAACACCUCAUUUUUAUGCACUAGACCUGAGUACUUCAGCAAACAAUACUUGGCUUUAAUACAUUCAUUAAUUUCAAUGUUUGCAUCAUCAUUUGGUGUCACAGCACAGUAGUAUUGCUGAUAAAAAUCAAACAGAUUUUGUUGAAGCUUUUCAUUGUGCACUCAGAACAGAAUUCGCAAGAAGUACCGAUAUAAAGAGCAACGUCAUUUUAUACUGUAUGAGAAAAGAGUGCUGACUGGUUGGCAGAAAGAUUCUCAUUGGUAGAGAUAUUGCCAUGGGGAAUGCACCAGCUUGAUGACGAUUGUCAGUUAACUGCCAACCGUGGUUAAAACUUAAACUGGAUAGGUUAACUCUGAUUGGUCAAGGCAUUACCCUGAGAAAUGAACCAGUAAGUGGCUGCCACAGAUUUUUAGUUUGAUUUAUUGUAGUCACGUAUACCUGAGUACAGUGAUAAGUUUUGUUUGCAAACAGUACAUGCUGAUCAUAGCAAACAAGGAUAUAGAGACGAUGGUAUUUUGUUAAGGUGCAGUGCAUGGUAAAGAACAGGGCCCUGUGUAUUCGUUCACAUAGCUCCUGGUACACACAAGUAUGCCAUUCCUGUGAACCUGACUGAGAAUCCUACAUUGGUUGUCGUCUUAAUACCUGCCAUGUUGACAGUGGCAGAGCUGUAAUGCAUCUUGUAGCGUUAUGGUAUACAAUGACAGGCUAAACCCACUGCCCUGGACUGCCUCUGCCCCUAGCAGGUUAAAGCAGGAAUGCACCAAAUGCAUGUUAUCUUUUUUUUAAUCUGUGAAAUCAUGGUAAUUAAUUAACUUGGCUUUGGGCUGACUGGCAGAACACCACCUGGCAUACCACCUUGCAAAGGGUGUGAAACGGUAAAUGUCCACCUUUUACAUGAUAGGAUUGGUUGUAAGAGACACAGCACACAUACGUUGGAUGUCACAGUACAGCCAGUGGAAGGAACAUGAGGACGAACAGACCUCAGGCACUUUGAGUCUCAUUCCUGUAGAAACUGAGCUUCCUAAAUGUCAUGGUGUAUGGCACAAGCCAGUGUACACCCUUGUAGAUUUAUGCUGCCAAUUAUGGCCAUGUUUUCGCCAAUGUAUUAGUAUUUAAGUCAAAGCAGAUUGUGUGAACUAUUGGUUUUGUGAGCAUGGUACUGUUCCAUUACAAAUAACAGUUCUGCGUUUUGAUUUUAAGGGAUUGUUUGCUAAUCCUGUGAAUUUUGCCGUCAGCAUAUUACCAUUGUCUGCAGUCAUCAGUAACAAAUAUCCUUGUCUGCACCCUAUAAAUUGAACAGAUGAUGCUGGAGACCAUGUUUUGUUGAUUAAUCAAAAGAGGCAUUGUAAUGAGCUUUUGAAAUACUGCAUCUUCCAACCAGCAGCUGAGUGAAUAUAAAGUGCUCAUUUAAUAUUGAUAGGUUCCAUUGUGUUCAUCUGCAUACUGAGGAGAAUCCCUGGGUUGAGUGCAAUUCUGCAGAAACACCAACAGGUGACGAUCUGACUCAUUUUUAUGAAUCUUCACCUCCUCGCUCCUCAGGAUCAAUGACUUUGUGGGAUAGUGACUACACUGAGGUUAAUAACCCUUCUGCUACUGGUCUUAAACUAAUGUUUUGCAUUGCUCAACAACAAAAUCUGUCACAUAAAUGUCAAGUGCACUCCCACAAUGUGACUGGGGGGCAAUUUACAACAGUUAGUCACCACAUUCAGAUUGUUGUUAACAUUGAAAAGAAAGCCUUGCAUUGGAGUAGCAUCAUUCUCAACUCCAGGACUCCUGCCCCCAACACCAUCUGAUUCCAUACUUCCCUAUGAUUCUAUUUGAUUGCUGUUGGUGGGUUCAUGCACUGCUGCGCUACAGAAGCAUAGAAUUGGCUUGGCGGUGGGCAUGGGGGAAUCCUCAGGGUUGAGAAAGGUGCUAAACAGGCAUAAGCCUUUCUUUUCAUUGUUAACAACAAUCUGAAUGCAGUGACAGUAAUUGUCGUAAAUUGCCCCCAUUCUCAUGGUGAAGUCUAGCAAAUGUGAUCUCUGCUUGAGGGAUAAAUAAAUAUUGGCAUUCUCCAGUGAACUCUCAAAUUGUGGCUCUCCAAUCUUUCAAGUUCACUCAAGGGAGUGCCUCAGUUUAACAUCUCGUCUGAAAACCGCAGCUUUGACACUGCAGCGCCCCUCAGUUUCACCCUGGAGUGUGCAGCCUGGAUCAGACUCUUGAGUGGGAAUUCAAAUCCACAAACCUCCUUGACUCACUGAGCCACUGCAUUCUGAAACCUAAAUACCUCCACUCCACUCAUAUCUAACCCACAUUUCUCAAAAGAAUGACGCUUCCAGAUGCUUGUUAUCCGUGUGGGAAGAGAUUUCUUUAAAAAUAGCUUGGGCUUGAAAUUACUCAUAUUAAAGCAUGUAACUGCAUUUGCCUCAAAGUCAUCAAUGUUUAAAAAGAGGUGUUAAACUUGUUUAACAUAAACGAAAAGCUUUCAGCUUGGUGUUGCAAAGCUUGGCUGAGCUUGUUACAAAGUCACAAUGUUCCAGGUUUGAUUCCUACUGACGAACUUGAGUAUAAAAACCUAGGAUGACACUGUGGUGUGGUGCAGUAUCCAUGGAGUGUCUCAUUGCUGCUGAUGCUGUCCUAGAGGUAAGAUGUAAAACUGAACUGCUGUAUUGUCCAUCGAGUAGGUGCCACCGAAUCAGUAUAAUAGAAUUGCUAAAACGCAGAACGCCAUUCAGCCCGUCAUGCCUGCACCAGUUCUAUUACGCAGUGCAAAUCUCCUGCCUUUUUCCCAUAUUCCCAUACCCCAUUUAUGUCCAGUAUCCUCUCAAAUGCCUCAAUUAAGCCUGACUCCAACAAGUAGAGCCUUCCAUACCCAAACUACUGGAUGUAAAACGCCCUAUGGCAUAACUUAGAAAGAGGAGGAUUUGUGGCACACUGGGAAGCAUCAUUGUCUCAAAGCUAGAAGUCUCAGCUUCAAAUCCCAGCUCAGGGCUUGAUAGCUACAGAAAGUGUGUCUAUUACCUAGUCAAAGAGGUUAUUUAUUAUAUGAAAACCAAAAAAAAACUGCAGAUGCUGGAAAAUCUCAGCAGGUCUGGCAGCAUCUGUGGAGAGAAAUCAGGAUUAACAUUUCAUGUUGAGUGAUACUUCCUCAUCUGUGAAUUCCUCCAAUAUCUCUUUGGCAGGAGGAGGAGAGUUUAAUACCAGAUUUUUAUUGGGUCUGUAUCUGGAUUAAUAAUAGAACAAUAAUACCAUUCGAUAAUGGCAUUGCUAUUGAAUAGUACCACUAGGUGGUCAUCUCCUCUUGCUUAAUGCUUUCCAAAAAGAUACGUCAUGCCAGUUGGCUCUCACAAUGCAAUCAUCCUGAUAAUGGAAAUCUGAUGUAAGUGAACUAUCUGUUAUUGCCUUUGGUCAGAUGUGGGCUAGUCAGCCACAUGAUAGAAAGAAAUAGACUCGCAUUUAUAUAGUGCCUGUCAUAAUCACUGCAUGCCUCAAGGCCCUUUAAAGCCCCUCAAAUACUUGUGAAGUGCAUUCACUGUUGUGAGGUAGCAAAGCCAGCAGCUGAUGUAUACACAGAAAGCUCUCACAAAUAGGAAUGUGGUGAGGAGUAGUGAUGGCCCAAUGGUAUUAUCACUAGACUAUUAAUGUCAGAGACCCAGGCAAUGUUUGACUGCCCACAUUUGAAUCCUGCCAUGCGCUUGCCCUGCAGUUUUAAUCCAGUAAAAAAAUCUGGAAUAAAGAGCCUAAUGGUGACCAUGGAGCCAUUGCCAACUGUUGGGGAUAACCUAUCUUGUUUAGUCAUAUCCUGUGGAGAAAGAAAAUGCCAUCCUUACCAGGUCUACAUGUGACUCCAGGCCUAUUGCAAUAUGGUGGACUCUUAACUGCUCUCUGGGCAAUUAGGGAAGAAGGAAUAAAUUCCCAUCCAGCCAGUGAUGCCACAUCCUGUGAAUAAAUGUUUAAAUUUGGCAAUUUUGAUAGGCAUAUUACAACUGGAAAUGAUUUUGUUCACUUAUCAGUAUUUAGUCUGGGAAAUCUGAAUCCUUGAAACUUUAUUGACGAGCCUUAAAUUAAACUAAAUAAUAGAAUUUCUCUUGAGUACACCACAGGAGAAAAGUAUUAUAAAUUUGUGAUCAUUUGAAAUUUGACAUUCUUGCAUCUGUUCUGAAGAAUGCCGGAUGAAAAGCUUCAGCAACGUGUCUUUUUUUUCAAAAAGAUUCAAGCUCUGUACAACCAAGUAGCUGCCUGUAAAUUAAAAUUGCUGGAAAAGCUCAACAGGUCUGGCAGCAAGUGUGGAGAGAAAUCAGAGUUUACAUUUCGGGUCCAGUGACCCCUGAAAUGUUAACUGCGAUUUCUCUCCAUACAGGCUGCCAGACUUGCUGAGCUUUUCCAGCAAUUUCUGUUUUUGUUUCUGAUUUCCAGCAUCCGCAAUUCUUUCAGUUUUUAUUUUGUCUGUAAAUAGAAUUGUUUUAUAUUGUAAUGUUCCUACAGCUUCAGCUUCUUCUCUGCACUUGUGUCAUUUGAUUCCAGCUUGAAUACCACGAUAAAAGUAAAACCUGUCACUUUAGAAAAUUUACAAGUGUCACUAUUAUAUUAUAUAUAGACCUGAAAAAUAAGGAUAUUUGUGGGUGUGUUGUAUCAGCUGUAAAAAUAUUUUAAUUGUUAAAUUAUCUUCUAGAAAUGUAUCUUAUGGAUGGACUUUCUCUGUACCAUUUUGACUCUGUAUUGCUCAUACGAAGUUGCUAAAUAUGUUCUCUCUCGUUUUGUGUCACAGUUGAUGUCUCUGAUGUGUUUUGGUUGUAUUCUGUUCCCGUUCUUUUCCAGUUACUUAUUGCUUUCUCAUCUUCACAUUUGUCCCCUCCCUUACACCAUAUGUUCGAAAAAUGGGUGUAAAGAUUGCAGAUCAGACAGUUUAAUUUCAUUGGUGGGAAAACUUCCAGAAAACAAUUAUGUGGGAUAGACUUCUGGGCAUGUGAACAAUAUGGGUUGAUUCAGAAGAUUCAGCAUGGACACCCUGAAGGGAGAUUAUGAACAACUAACUUGCUGGAGUUUAUUUAUAGAGAUAACAGAGAGACUAAGGCUGUUGAUGUGGUGCCCAUGGACUUCCAGAAAGUGUUUGAUACAGUGCCAUAUGACAGUCUUUUGUGGAAAGUUAUAGAACGUGGAAUAAGAUGGGCAGUAGUAAGGUGGAUAUAAAAUUGGCUGAAUAGCAAAUAGAGAGUAAUGGUGAAUGCAAGAUAACAAAGUGUGAAGCUGGAUGAACACAGCAGACCAAGCAGCAUCUCAGGAGCACAAAACCUGACAUUUCAGAUCUAGACCCUUCAUCAGAGAGGGGGAUAGGGAGAGGGUUCUGGAAUAAAUAGGGAGAGAGGGGGAGGUAGACCGAAGAUGGAUAGGUUCCCUGAGGUUGGUCCGGAGGGAGGAGGGUAACUUCUUCAGGUUAGGCAUCCCUGGAAGAGGCUUCGCAGUGAGGUUAAAAUAGUAUCAGAGAUAAUGGGAACUGCAGAUGCUGGAGAAUUCCAAGAUAACAAAGUGUAUUUUUUUGGUCUGAGAGAAGAUUUGUGGUGGAGUGCCCCAGGGGUCAGUAUUGGGAGCCUUUGCUUUUCCUGAUUUAUUUUAAUGACCAAGGUCCCAGUGUACAGGGGACAAUUACAAAAUUUAUGGAUAAUACAAAACUCGUGAAAAUUGUAAACUGUAAGGAGGACAGUUUAGAACUUCAAAAGGACAGUGACAUAUUGGUGAAAUGGGUGGCUAAGCGGUGGAUAAUUUUCAAUACAGGAAACUGUGAAGUGAUAUACUUUGGUAUAAACAGCAUAGAGAGAAAGCAUUAAAUAAAGGGUAGUAUUCUUAAGGGUGUGCAGGAGCAGACAGACCUGGGUGUAUAUGCCCAUGUAUCAUUAAAGAUGGCAGGACAGGUAGAGACAGCAGUAUUCAAGCUUCAUUAACAGGGUGUAAGAAAAGGGAGAUAGUGAGAACUGCAAAUGCUGGAGUCAGAGGUAACACAGUUUGGAGCUGGAGGAACACAGCAGGCCAGGCAGUAUCAGAGGAGCAGCAAAGUUGACAUUUCGGGUCAGGACCCUUCUUCUGAAAUGGGAAGGGGUAAGGGAGCUGGGAAUAAGUAGAGGAGAGGUGAGACUAGGGAAGCUAGGUAGGGUGGUAAUAGGUGAGUACAGGUGGGGAGUGGUCAGUGAGAUGGGAGGGGC